GAGAAGAAUGGUGGUGCGCCUUCUUCUGUUUCCCCCCUAUUCGCACUGUUUUGUCUCCGGCGACGAUUAGGAGCCGUCGAGACUCCAUAACCUCCGACGAAUUUCAUCUAAUGGCCUUGGCAUUUGCUUGUGGGGAAUCGUAUUCAUCGUCAAAUAUUGUUUUUCUCCGGUUGCUGAAUUUCAUCAAGCACAAUGUUUCUCAGAUCUUUUCCAACAUUUUCUGUUGCGAAUCAAACAUCGAUCCUCAUACCAGGUAAACUGAUGAGGAGCUUGAGUUUCGAGUUCUUACUUUCAGUAUUAUAUAGGUAGCUGCAGUGAAAGAUAUAAGUAAUGCAUUUGAAACUUGUGUUUGUAAUAAUAUGAUUAAGUCUCUGUUUGGUUGCCGAGAAAAUGCUGAGGAGAGUAGAAACUUAAAUUUAAAUGGAAAUCUAAUUCUUAUGUAAUGAAGAAAAAAUAUCUUCACUGGAGGUAGAUAUUUCCUAGAUUUUAGUUGCACAAUCUGAUAACAAUAUACCUGUUCGGGUACUUUAUGAAGCUGUCCUGUAUGUAUAAAAGAAUGCAAAGAGUAGCAUAUUUGCGAAUAUGGGUUUUUGUUAACCUUGUUAUAAAGUGGGUUCAAGCUUUGAUUUUGUGUUUGCAAUCCCAUACUUUGUUUUGAUGCAUUAGGCUUCUCAUUGCAUUUUCUUGUCUAAUGUGGAUGUGCAAAUAUGGAAGGACUGGUGAGAAUGAGGGUCCACUUACAUCUAUUGGAGAACUUGUGACAUGUGUCGGUGAUUGUUAUCGAUUUACAACUCAAGACUGGUUUUCAAGAAAGAAGGAUUGUGAUGACAAAGGUGAUCCAGGGGCAGUAUUCAAUGUAUUGGAUUCAGUGUUGAAGGAUAGUUUGGAGCGUUUGAAAAACAUGAGGGAAAGCAUACACUUAGAUUUAGAAAAUGUGGGUUUUGACAGUUGCACCCUAGAAGCUGCAAAUCCUAGCCAGGCAACCUUAUUCAGGUAUUUGUGUUUGGAGGGGAAGUUGGAAACAGCUCUAUGGUUGCGGAGGAAACUGAUACAGAAAGGUGCUGUUCUAGAUGUUGUUUCACACAAUUGUCUUCUAAACGGCCUGUGCAAAAUAGGUGACAUUGAGAAGGCAGAUUCUCUUAUUAGAGACAUGUUAGAAAUGGGUCCACCUCCCAACCUGGUGACCUAUAACACUUAUAUCAAAGGCCACUGCCUUAAAAAUAAUUUGGAUCAAGCUCUUUAUCUUUUCUCUGCAAUGGCUACUGAUGGUAUCAGGCCAAAUAGAGUUACGUGUAACAUACUUGUCCAUGCACUGUGCAAGAGAGGUCUUCUGGAUGAUGCUAAGAAGCUUCUUGGUGAGAUACUAAGUGAUGACAAUGAAAAAACAUCUUCAGAUUUAAUUACUUCAACUAUACUUAUGGAUGGUUACUUUAAGAGUGGGGACACAGUUCAAGCUCUUGGUCUUUGGGAUCAGAUGCUUCACAAGAAUAUUAAAAUUGAUUUGGUUGCCUAUAAUGUCCUUAUCCAUGGAUUUUGUUUGAGUCAGCACAUCAAUGUUGCUUAUGGAUACUUUGCUGAAAUGCUUAAAAGAGGUUUUGUUCCAGAUUGUUUCACUUUUAAUACUCUUUUAAGUGCACUUUGCAAAGAAGGAAAAUUUGAUGAGGCUUGGCGCAUCCAUAAUGUUAUGUUAAAAAUGGGAGUUGCUCCUGAUAAGACAUCUUACAAAAUAAUUAUUCGAGGUCUAUGCACUUAUGGAGAUCUUGUCAAAGCUAAUGAAUUUCUUCACCAUAUGUUAGAGAAGACGCUGAUGCCAGAGCCUAUUAUUUGGAACCUCAUAAUUGGUGGUUAUGGAAGAUUUGGAGAUCUGGGUAAUGCACUCUCUGUUAAAGACCAUAUGCUAUCACUUGGUGUUGCACCAAAUGUAUUUACUUUUAAUGCUUUGAUUCAUGCUCAAGCAAAAGGUGGAAACAAUGUCAAGGCAUAUUCUCUUAAAAAGGAGAUGCUUUUAAAUGGCCUUUUCCCAGAUUUAGUAACUUACAACUUGUUGAUUGGUGCUGCUUGUAGCUCAGGACAUAUUGCUGUUGCACUUGAAUUACAGGAUGAAAUGCUGAAAAGAGGAAUUGAACCAGAUAUAAUUACUUACACUGAGCUAAUUAGAGGUUACUGUAAGAGAGGGGAUGUGAAGGAAGCAGAAAAGCUUUUGACCAAGAUGCGAAGAUCUGGUUUACAAAUUGAUCAUGUCCCAUUUAAGAUACUUAUCAAGAAGUACUGCCAAGUGGGACAGCAUGACAUGGCAUUUGAUCUCUACCAAAAGUGGUUGAUGAGGGGAAAAUGAGCUUGUCCUCUCUAAAUAAGCUAAUCAUCACGGAAAUAGAACAUGGAGAAAAAUAUCAGGUCUGGCUUGCAAGCUAUGGCCAUCCAAUUCUAAAUUUUGAACAAUGGUAGAAGUUUUGUGCAUGUGAAGACUAAAUCUUCAUUUGGUCAGGAAGGACUGCUGGAGGUCCUGGCAGGAACUAAGUGCUCACACUUAGAUCAGAAAACUCAAACCACGAUACAUACAUCUUUAUGAGAUGGAUUGAGAAGAACUAAGCUUCUCCCUCAGCCUAUAAUUUGGAGCUUGGAUUGCAUUGAGUGAGAGCACUGAUCAGAAGGACAGCUGAAUGCUCUCUAGCUUCUUCCCAAACAAAGACUGUUGAGAACUCUAUUUCAUCCUUUGGUUCCAACAUAGCUAAGAUGGUUCUCCAGAAUGAAAGCUGUUGUAACACCAAUGAAAGCUGAAGGGGCCAUCAAAACCAACCAGCACCUUUAGGCAAAAUGGUUGGUGGAGGCUGUAUGCCGAUAGUCAAGCAGUUCUUUUAAGCUGAAUAAACUGUUUUCCAGUUCAACUUGUCAUUUGCAAGCAUUUGAAUCCGCAAAAGAUUUGCUAACUAAGUAUAGUGAUAACUUGUUCCUUCCAAUAAUUUCCAAUGCUAAGG